GGUUAGAGCUACUCAGUUGUCGUCGACUAUUCGUCGGUACGCCAAUCAACGCCGAUGAUGCCGCCGAUGCUUCUCAAUGUAAACAUUGCCGUGAAUUAUUUUGAUCGAGCCCAAUUCAAAAUCGAAUCGACAUUCGCAACAGUUGAUAUAACACGAAGAAGAGAAAAUUCUUUUAGUUUUUUCUUACCCAGACUUCUGUAAGUGCAUAUUGUGUAGCGAAAAGGGUACUUUCGAGGUAGCGGCUGCAAUUGCCAAUUGCUUUUUUCAACGAGUCAACGCGUCAAUUGUUCUGCUCAGCAUUAACGUGCAUUUCUAAUGACAAUUGCAAAAAAUGGCCGGAGGACGUCGGUGUCCCGCUGGAAAAGGCAGCACGAGUUCUCGUAUUCAAACAGUGACCGCAGCAUCGAAUGCAAAUGCAGCGAGUGCUUCGCCUGCAAACAAUUAUAACAAUACCCCGCCAAAUUAUAAUUCUUCUCCAAAUUCUACGUUUUCUACCGGUUUGGAUGAUGGAAAAAAUAUGAGUGAACAAUUGCCAUAUAAUAAAGUGAUUAUUCCUAAACAUAUACCUAUACCUGCCAGAUCUGGAGAUGGACUUCAACACUAUGAAGCAUAUAUAUUAGUUACGUGUUUGAUCGCUGCUUCUUUGCAGCUACUCAACUUAUACAAAACUGUCUGGUGGUUUUCAGAAUCUCACAAUGAUUAUAGUGUGAACUUUUACUUGUUAGACUUUUACCUUUUAACAUUUAUUACUAUAAUGGUUUCAAGACAAUUCAUAUAUGCAAUGAUUUGCAAAUCUUUCCAACGUGUUAUUCCAAAUAAAUGGUUACCGUUUGCCCUAAAAGUUAUGAGAAUAGUACUACUAGCUGUUAUAAUGAGUGCACUUUUUUGGUGCCUAUAUCAUAUGAAAAAACGACACAACAUAAAUAAAAUUUUUUAUCUUUGUUACCCUAUUUUGAUUUACUUUUUGAUGUUUGGAAUAAGCAUUGAACCUUUUUUUGAUUUAUCUACAGUUCAAGUUUAUCUUAAAGAAGACAAAAAAACAAAAUUUUAUUUGGAUAAACCAAUGCACAAUUGUUCUUCAAAUGCAGUUACGAUAAGGCAAGAAGUUGCAAGUCUAAAAUCAGACUUCAACAGCAGAUUAAAAAGAGCACUUUAUGCAGCAUCAGGAAGUGCAUAUUUAUGUGGUAUAGCUCCUGUGAUAUUUGUUCCUCAGCAUUUACACUAUAAUAUUUACUGGGUUGUACAACACACUGUCUUUAUAUGGCUUGGCCAGCUUGGAGCAAAUUUUGCCCAGUCAUAUUCUUUUAGAUACUGUGAUGUUCUUCAUAAAUCUGCUGCCCAUCUUGGAAAAUGGUCAAAAGUUAAUAGUAAAGGCAUACAAGCUAGUCAUACUUGGGACGAUAAAGUUUUAUGGCCUCAUGGUACUUUGGUUAGACAUAACAAAGAAGUGUAUCGCUCAGAAGGACUUUGUACAGCUGCGGAACCUGGAAAUUCAAGUCACAGUCGCUUUUAUACGCUGUUUGGUGAACCUACAACUUUACUUUUAUCGUUAGUAGGAUGGCAGAUGACUGUUGUUGGAAUACAAUUCUUAAUAAGCAUACGCAAAAAUGAGUGGUAUCAAGUUAUAUCCAAUAGCUUGUUACUUGCAUCUAAUUGUUACCCACUCUAUACCCUUAUGAGAGAUUACAUACUGUGUUGCAGAGUUCAUCGAGUUGAACAAAUGGCCAAGGAUAAACCUUUAAUGGCGCAGUCUAAUUGUUCAUGAUUACAAUUGAUCAGUGGCUGUGCCAAUGAAAAUGAGAAUUUAGCACCAAAGAGUUAAUAAAAAAAUUAAAGUGUCAAAGGAGUAAAAUAUAAACACUCUUUAUUUUAUCAUCUAUCUGUUUUCUUCGUUUAUCAUAAAAUAUAUUUACAAACUCAACAAAUAUGAAA